GUCGUGGAGAAUUUAGCAGUGCAGCACUGGCCGACAAGGCGAAGUGAUCUUGAUACAUAAUAUGUAUUAUAUAUUAGAUAUAUGUACAUAAAAACAAUGUCAAGACACUUUCUGCGCUAGUGGGCUUUGUCAGUCGGAGGGGUUGUGACGAAUUGAAGAAACAUUUUUCAAAUCCAAAUAUGUGGCCUUUUGCGAUUUUAUUAAUUGGUGCCGGUACAAUCCAUGGAGCAGAGUGGUCAUAUGAUUAUGAAACCCAAUGGCCUGGGCAAUGCAACGAAGGUAAAAUGCAGUCACCCAUCAAUAUAAUGAGCCGCAGUGCACUGGUGGACCGGCAUGGACUUCACAUAAGGGGCCCUUUAGUGUUCCGAGGAUAUAACAAGGUCAACGUCACAGCCUAUAAUGAUGGUCAUACGUUGAAAUGGACGUUGGUUGAUGAUGCACCAGUUCCGAUGGUGUACGGCGGCCCACUGAGAGGAAACUAUAGCUUCAUGCAAUUUCACCUACACUGGCUCUCUGAACAUGCCAUCGACGGAAUGAAAUAUCCGAUGGAAAUUCACAUGGUGCACAUAAAGACUGGCCUCACGUUGGACGAGGCACUUCAGCGGCCGGACGGCCUCAGCGUUAUUGCUAUCCUUUGUCAGGUAAACAGUGGUGGUGCUAGUGAUUAUGCCCUCGGAGAAAUCGAAAGUUACUUUCCAAAACUGGUGGAGAGGAACUCGGUGUACCCAGAUCCAGCUGUUUUAGAUUUCACACGUCUCUUAAGCCCCGAGCCACAGUCCUUCUACACAUAUCACGGAUCACUUACGACUCCCAACUGCCAGGAAGUCGUCACAUGGGUUGUAAUGGACAGACCCCUCAUCAUAUCCGAUACACAGUACAAACAAAUAAGUCGAGUCGACGUCGGUAGAAUAGACAACUACAGAAGUCUUCAAGCAGUAGACCGCGAAAUAUACCGCAGCCUUGCGUCCUGUGCCUCCACAGCUUUGCCCGGUCUUCUGGGACUUCUAAUUACUUUCCUGAAUCUCUCUUCUUCACUUUCCACCGUUUUGAGUAAGGGUGUCUGUACAUUAGUCAAUAUAAAGAGAAAGUUUUUGGGCAGUACGAUUCAAAAUUGCACUGUCAAAACGAACUAAUCAGUCCGCUAUGUGGUUUAGGAAAAUUAAUUCUUUUUAAUACUAAAAGGGUUCAAAACAAACAUUCAGAGUAUUAAAAAUGUACCUGAUUGGUUAGAAAAGUUGAAGUUUAUAGCCGACGUUCUACUUACGGCAGCUCAAAUCGUUCAAAAGAUUAAGUAGAGGCUAUUUGACAGUAUAUACCGAAGUCUCCUCUUAGUAUAGCAAUAUAACGCAAAUCCUGCUUGAUCAAUCAAUCAUCAAUUAUGAUUAGAUUAGCAACUAUAAUAUAAUCAUGCUAAUCGAGAAACAAAAUGCAAAAGUAACAAAACAUAUACAAUCUAUAUAUUUUUACAGCUAUAACUAUCGUUUUAUGGCAUUAUAUAUUUUAGACAUAUUAUUGCAGAUUACUCGUCAUUCUCAAGUAGGUAUCGAUAAGAUUUAAGAAUACUUUAUUUUAAUUUAUUGCAUAUUAAUAAACAUAGUCCCUAGUGGCAUGUUAUAAAAAUGUAAAUUAUGACGUAGUUUUAUGAUAGCAAGUUUUCACGCAGGGCUGUCGGUCUCGUGAUAGUCCGAUCGUAUCAAGUCCUUACCACAGCAGCGUAUUGGCUUUUUUCUAUAGAUUUGUAACUAGGUUAUAGAGCCCGAGUUUAGCGUAUUGCAUUGAAAUAAUUACAAUAUAUAGUAUUAGCAAGUUCUGGAAAUAUAUCCAAAAAUACAUCAUAAUAUAUUUAACUUUGAUCGUCUAUCAAAUAUAUUAAUUAGGAACGGCUUUUAAUAGAACCCCGAUAAGCUUCGUCAAAUUAUCGCAAAAGAUUAUUGUGAAUAAACAUUUUAUUAAACUAUUUAUAGCGUUAUAACGAUGACGUCUGGAAAUUAUUUUUGGACGGAUUUAGCAUUAUCUCGUAUUUAUUAUCCUAAUUAUUACUAGAUACAUAAAGUGAGUUCGUUUAUCUUUGAGGAAAAAGUCAGUGAACCGAGCCGAUCGCGGUGUUACAAUAGCCAAAAACUUUACAGACAAGACAUGAUUUUCUGUUCUUGUUGUUUUCUAUUUAUUGUUUUGUUUUUUAUGCUCAAUUCUAACGUUACGCUUAUAUAUAAAUAACAUAUUUAAUUAUAACCCAUUUC